AUGAUUCUGACUAGGAGUUCGUGCCAACCAGGCGUUUUGAUAUUCUUCGUUGGUUUUCUCCUCGCACAGAUCCCAUUGAAUCUCUUUCUUGCAUCUAUUCGCCGACCUUCUCUCUUCCUAGGCGGCUUCACUGUCCUCUGGGGCACCAUCUCCGCCCUCACAUCCCUGGUACAGAAUUAUGAGCAGAUGGUUGCGUGUAGAUUUCUACUCGGACUUGCCGAAACGCCUUUCUACCCUGGAAUGAUAUUCUACCUGUCCAAGUGGUAUAAAAUGGGCGAGCUGAACUUUCGUAUAAGUAUCCUGACUGGGGCGGGGUUCCUCAGCGGCGCUUUUGGAAGCCUCCUCGCAGCGGGGACGUUGCGGAACCUCGAGGGCGUUCGUGGACUGAGCUCGUGGAGAUGGCUGUAUAUUAUCGAGGGUUCGAUAACAGUGUUUAUUGGGAUCCUGCUAUCUACAAUCUUACCCGAUUUUCCAGAAACUUGGACUGCCCUUUCUUCAGACGUGCGCCACGUUGCCAUCAAGCGCCUGAGACGAGAGUCGAACUACACCGAGUCAAAGCCUCACGGGUGGAGAGAUUAUGUAGGAGCAAUUGUGCUGGCUUUUCGAGACCCGCGGCUUUAUGUGUUCGGCCUCGGCGGCAUGGCCGCUUCAGUAGCGCUGGGAAUCCAGAACUUCAUGCCCACGUUGACAAGGACUUUGGGCUAUAGCGACAUCGUCUCACUAUUGCUUGUGGCACCGCCUUAUGUGUUUGUUUUCGUGUACAUGCUCGGACACGGGGCGCUAUGUGACCUAAGACAAGCGCGCUUCCUCUUUUGUAUCUAUCCCCUGCCGCUUUCUGCAGCCGGGUUCAUCAUGCUCAUGACGCUGCGGUCAUUUGCUGGCCGCUACGUGGGUCUGUUCCUGGCCAUGCUCAUAUCCUCGGCAGGCUCCACUAUGCUGACUUGGGCCACCGAUACCAUCUCCUAUCCUGCAUCAAAGAGGGCCGUGGUAUUUGCUGCCAUUAACAUGGUGGGAAAUACAGCAAGUAUAUGGACUCCAAUGACAUACCGGGAUGAGGACUCCCCGCAGUAUCAGCUAGCCUUGGGGAUAUGUACUGGGAUGAUUGCUGUUAUGGCUCUGUGUGCAAUGAUUAUUCGUUGGUUGGAGAAGAAAAAGGACGAAAGAGACCCUGAUGUCGUUACCAGCGGUUCGCCUGUGACUGACUUGGGAGGGAAAGUUCCAUGA